CGGGGAGCGAGACUGGGGGCUAAAAGACCUCUGCGUGAGCGGCGUGCUGGGGGGCGGCACGGGGCCGACUCACCAGAGGUGGCAGUAGCACCUCUGGCAGCUUUACUCACCGGUCUCUCUCCCCGGAUGCUGCGCUGCUGGUUUCCCGCCGGCUUUCAUUCGACACAGCACAGACGGGGCCUGGGGUGAAAAGUCGUAAGAUGGCGCUGGCCGUGCGUCUUUUGCCCCGCUUUCUGCUCUCUCCGCCUCUGUCCGGCGGGGCCGCUCGACCCCUGACUCCCGGUGUAGCCGAGGUGGGGCCGCGGUUGGCCGGACUCUGCUGCUUCUGCCGCCGCCGCCUCGGCUCCGGAGCGGCCCCAUUUCCUCGCGUCACUUGGGCGUCGGCGCUGCUCGCUCGCGGCCCUCCGCGGCCCCUGCUCAGCCCUCCGGGACCCCGCGCCGCCCUCUCGGUCUUCCCUGACUACCCUCGGCGCCGCUACAGCGCGGAGGAGCAGCCCCAGCCGCGCCAGAAAACCAAGAUGAUCAUUCUGGGCUUCUCCAACCCCAUCAACUGGGUUCGGACUCGAAUUUACGCCUUCCUAAUCUGGGCCUAUUUCGACCAAGAGUUCAGCAUCGCAGAAUUCUCUGAGGGAGCGAAGCAGGCUUUUGCUCAUGUGUCCAAGUUACUGUCACAGUGUAAAUUUGAUCUGUUGGAAGAACUUGUGGCCAAAGAGGUGCUCCAUGUAUUGAAGGAAAAGGUCAGUUCACUACCUGACAACCAUAAAAAUGCCCUUGCUGCUGACAUAGAUGAAAUUGUAUACACAUCAACAGGAGACAUCUCCAUUUACUACGACGAGAAAGGAAGGAAGUUUGUUAACAUCCUGAUGUGCUUUUGGUAUCUAACCAGUGCCAACAUCCCCAGUGAAACUUUAAGUGGAGCCAGUGUGUUCCAGGUUAAGUUGGGGGAUCAGAACGUGGAAACUAAACAGCUUCUUAGUGCAAGCUAUGAAUUUCAGAGGGAGUUUACACAAGGAGUAAAGCCUGACUGGACCAUUGCACGGAUUGAACACUCAAAGUUACUAGAAUGAUCUUUCUUGGAAAAACCAGCUUACUGGACUUCUGGCAAUUACUAUGAAAAAUUAAGGAAAGAAAUUUUGGACGAGUUGAUCUUCACUUAGUCAAGACUGUGGCUCACUUUUGUAUUAUUUUGAAAUAUUUCUUGUAGUAUAUCGGCAUGAUACAAUAGAGCGUUUUCCACAGAUGCCACGUUCUAUAAAAGAGAUCAAAGUAAAAAAUGUAUAACAGCCCAUUGUUGGUGUCAUAUUCCAUAUAAUUUCUAAUGUUACUUGUACACAAACUAAUUUUAUAGGCAUAAAGAAAGUCUUGAAAAAACAUUUCUAAAUUAAUAGUCCUUAAAUAUUUGUCAUUAAUACGUUUAAACCAGUAGUUCAAGUACGUCUAAGAUUUAUUUUUAAAAAUCAUUGCUGCUAUUUGAUUACUUCUGGUCACUAGCUAGAUGAGAAGGACUAGAUGGAAUUGUACUAGAUUGGUCACAGCAGAAGCAAAAAGAUCAGUGAACUUGAAGCUUACUAUAGCACCAAAAGAAAAAAAUAGAGUAGUGCCUUAGCCACCUAUGGGAUAAUAUCAAAUCCUCUAACAUACUUGUAUUUGGAUUCCUAGAAGUUUGGGUAAGGGAGGCAAAGACAAUAUAAGAAAUAAUGUCUGAAAUUUUUCCUAAUUGAUGAAAACUAUAAACUCACAGAUCAAGAAAUUCAAUAAGCAGGGUAACAUAAAGAAAACCUCAUAAAGGUAUACCAUGAUCAAAUUGUUGAAAACCAGAGAAAAUUUUAAAGCAGCUAGAGGAGAAAAAAAACACAUUCUGUACAGAGAAGGACUAUAUUUCUUUUCUCCAAGUGCAAGUGAGAGACCUUGUUAGAGUAUCUUUAAAG